UCCCGCCUGCGUACUCAGCCACUGCCUUCCCUCUCCGAGCCACCGCCCCAUCGCAGGCCCCGCCCCCUAGGGAGGGGACAUCUCAUCCCUCCUUGGAACUGCUUGGCAAGAAGCCGGCAGGCACGUGAUCCAAGAAUGUCCCGCCCCCUUCGCUUUAGCCUGGUGAUUGGCUCACAAGGCGCAGGCGCAAAAAGACCUGUCUUGUGCCACCGCCUACUUCACCUCCCACGGUCUCUAGUUCGCGUCAUGGCGGCCGCCGCCGCUCUGGAGGCGGUAGUGCCUAAGGGUGCUCUGUGGGGCCUCGUGCACGACUUCGUCAUGGGUCAGCAGGAGGGUCCCGCUGACCAGGUGGCUGCAGAUGUGAAAUCUGGCAGCUAUACAGUGUUACAAGUGGUGGAAGCCCUGGGGUCUGCUCUAGAAAAUCCAGAACCUCGGACACGGGCCCGAGGAAUCCAGCUUUUGUCACAGGUGCUACUCCACUGUCACUCCUUGCUCCUGGAGAAGGAAGUGGUACACCUGAUCCUAUUCUAUGAGAACCGGCUGAAGGACCACCACCUUGUGAUUCCAUCUGUCCUGCAGGGUCUGAGGGCACUUAGUCUGUGUGUGGCCUUGCCACCAGGGUUGGCUGUUUCUGUGCUUAAAGCCAUCUUCCAGGAGGUGCACGUACAGUCUCUGCCACAGGUAGACCGGCACACAGUCUACAGAAUCAUCACCAACUUCAUGCAAACCCGGGAAGAAGAGUUGAAGGGCCUUGGAGCUGACUUCACCUUUGGCUUCAUCCAGGUGAUGGAUGGAGAAAAGGAUCCCCGUAAUCUCUUGGUGGCCUUCUGCAUUGUCCAUGACCUCAUCUCUAGAGACUAUAGCCUAGGACCCUUUGUGGAAGAGUUAUUUGAAGUGACAUCCUGUUAUUUUCCUAUUGAUUUUACCCCUCCACCUAAUGAUCCCCAUGGUAUCCAGAGAGAGGAUCUGAUCUUGAGUCUUCGAGCUGUGCUGGCUUCAACACCCCGAUUUGCUGAGUUCCUGCUGCCCCUUCUCAUAGAGAAAGUGGAUUCUGAGAUGCUGAGUGCCAAGCUGGAUUCUCUGCAGACAUUAAAUGCUUGUUGUGCUGUGUAUGGGCAGAAGGAACUGACAGACUUCCUCCCCAGCCUUUGGGCUUCUAUCCGCAGAGAGGUGUUCCAGACGGCAAGUGAGCGGGUGGAGGCAGAGGGCCUGGCGGCCCUCCACUCCCUGACUGCGUGUUUGUCUCGCUCUGUGCUGAGGGCUGAUGCAGAGGACCUCCUUGACUCCUUCCUUAGCAACAUCCUACAGGACUGCAGGCACCAUCUGUGUGAACCAGACAUGAAACUGGUGUGGCCUAGUGCUAAGCUGUUGCAGGCAGCCGCAGGUGCAUCGGCCCGGGCCUGUGACCACAUCACCAACAAUGUACUGCCUUUGCUGCUGGAACAGUUUCACAAGCACAGUCAGAGCAACCAGCGGCGGACAAUCCUUGAAAUGAUGCUAGGGUUUUUGAAACUGCAGCAGAAGUGGGGCUAUGAAGACAAAGAUGAAAGGCCUCUGAGUGGCUUCAAGGACCAGCUGUGCUCACUGGUGUUUGUGACCCUGACAGACCCCAGCACCCAGCUUCAACUUGUUGGCAUCCGUGCACUCACAGUCUUGGGUGCCCAGCCAGAUCUUCUGUCUCCUGGGGACUUGGAGCUGGCAGUAGAUCACCUUUACAGACUGACUUUCCUGGAAGAGGAGUCUCAGAGUUGUAGGGUGGCAGCGAUGGAAGCAUCAGGAAUCUUAGCCACUCUCUACCCUGUGGCCUUUAGCCACCACCUAGUGCCCAAGCUCUCCAAGGAGCUGCACAUAGAGGAGUCAGAUUUGGUUAGAGGCGAUGGACCCACCAAAUGCUCAAGACAUCUGCUUUGUCUGCAAGCCUUGUCAGCUGUAUCAACACAUCCCAGCAUCGUCAAGGAAACCUUGCCACUACUGCUACAGCAUCUCUGGCAGAUGAACAAAGGGAAUAUGGUUGUGAGAGCCAGUGAAGUGAUUGCUGUCUGCCAGAGCCUCCAGCAGGUGGCAGAAAAAUGCCAGAAGGACCCUGAGAGUUGCUGGUAUUUCCAUCAGACAGCUAUACCUCGCCUGCUGGCUUUGGCUGUGCAAGCGUCCAUGCCAGAGAAGGAGCCAUCAGUUCUCGGACAGGUGCUGCUGGAGGAUGAGGUCUUGGCUGCCAUGGUGUCUGUCAUUGGCGCUGCCACCACCCAUCUGAACCCUGACUUAGCUGCCCAGAGUGCUGCUCAUAUGCUGCCCCUCUUCCUGGAUGGUGAUGUCUCCUUUCUGCCUGUCAACAGCUUCCCAUGCAGAUUCCAGCCAUUUCAGGACGGGUCUUCAGGGCAGAGGCGGCUGGUUGCAUUGCUAAUGGCCUUUGUAUGCUCCCUGCCUCGAAAUGUGGAAAUCCCUCAGCUGAACCAACUCAUGCGGGAGCUUCUGGAGCUGAGCUGCUGUGACAGUUGUCCCUUCUCCUCCACUGCGGCUGCCAAGUGCUUUGCAGGACUCCUCAAUAAGCACCCUGCAGGGCAGCAGUUGGAUGAAUUCCUACGGCUGGCUCUGGACAAAGUAGAGACUGGCCUGGGCACUGGAGCCUGUCGUACCCAGGCCUUCACAUUGCUUCUCUGGGUAACAAAGGCCCUGGUGCUCAGAUACCAUCCUCUCAGCUCCUGCCUCACAGACCGACUCAUGAGCCUCUUGAGUGAUCCAGAACUAGGCCCAGCAGCAGCUGAUGGUUUCUCUCUGCUCAUGUCCGACUGCUCGGAUGUGCUGACCCGUGCCGGCCAUGCUGAAGUACGGAUCAUGUUCCGCCAGCGGUUCUUCACGGAUAACGUGCCUGCCUUGGUUCAGGGUUUCCAUGCUGCUUCCCAAGAAGUGAAGCCCAAUUACCUAAAGGGUCUUUCACAUGUACUUAACAGACUGCCCAAGCCUGUGCUCUUGCCAGAGCUGCCCACGCUCCUCUCCUUGCUGCUGGAGGCCCUGUCCUGCCCUGACUGUGUGGUCCAGCUCUCCACCCUCAGCUGCCUUCAGCCUCUUCUACUGGAAGCACCCCAAGUCAUGAGUCUUCACGUUGACACUCUGGUUACCAAGUUUCUGAACCUCAGCUCGAGCCCUUCCAUGGCGCUCCGGAUAGCUGCACUCCAGUGCGUGCAUGCGCUCACUCGCCUGCCCACCCCUGUGCUGCUGCCUUACAAACCACAGGUGAUACGGGCUUUGGCCAAGCCCCUGGAUGACAAGAAGAGACUGGUACGCAAGGAAGCAGUGUCGGCCAGGGGAGAGUGGUUUCUGCUGGGAAGUCCUGGCAGCUGAGCCCUUGGCCUUGGCCUUGACUAUUCUCACCGACAAUCUAACCCAGAUUUUCUAACUAAUAGCCAUCCUGCUCAAGGCAGGGA